AAGUGGCGGUAAAGACUGUCCCUUUGUAAAAUAUGAAUGCAAAAGCAUUCUGAUUGUGUUUCACUAAAUACAAAAUUCGGUUGUUAUUAAAUCAUUUUCAAUACGCUUCACACUGGAAUCGUUAUUGUUGAAAGGAGAGUGACGCGCGGCACGCUUGUGCAUAGAGACUGCUUUAUGAAGCACACAGGAGAGACAGAGGAAUCGCCACGAUGGCCUCCAAUGAUACCUUCACUGCUGAGAACCCUGGGAACCCCCAGCCCGGGGACCUGAUUGAGAUCUUCCGGCCGGCCUAUCAGCACUGGGCACUGUACCUGGGGGACGGCUAUGUCAUCAACAUCACGCCUGUGGAUGAAGGCCAGGCUGCCCCUUUCUCCAGCGCCAAGUCUGUGUUCAGUAGGAAGGCCCUGGUCCGCAUGCAGCUCCUCAAGGAAGUGGUCGGCAGUGACUCGUAUCAAAUCAGCAACAAGUACGACGACAAGUACACGCCCCUGCCUGUCUGUGACAUCAUCGCCCGGGCGGAGUUCCUCAUUGGACAGGAAGUGUCGUAUGACCUGCUCGGCAACAACUGCGAGCACUUCGUUACCCUGCUGCGCUACGGGGAGGGCGUGUCUGACCAGGCAUCACGGGCGAUCGGGGCAAUCAGCUUUGCGUCAGCGGCUGCCAGUGCUGUCUCUCUGCUGGGGCUGCUCCACAACCGAUCCAGACAGAGGCACUUCUGAGAGGAGCAGACCCCACUGGAGUGAGGGUAGAGUGAUCAGAGCUCAGGACUGGGAACCAGCUCAACAACACACUCCUGGAAUCCACUGGAAACCAGUACUGCGUUUACAUGCGCAGGGAAUCAACCCAUUUGCAAUGGAUCGUUUUCGCAUCCAAAAACAAACGUUCGGAGUUUACUUGCCAAACUCAGUCAGGUUUGAAUGAAUCGGUGCUCCUGAACCUCUUCCAGCUACCUAAUUCCAUCUCAAAACUGCAGGAUAUAUAGAUAGAAAACAUCCAAUUAGAUUCCUGUGCAUUUAAACGAGGCAAAUGUGAAGUGUCCCUUCUAGUCUGCAGUGAAACAUAUACAUAGCUGUUUUAAAGUGAGAGUGCAGGCAGUAUUAAACCAGUGUCUGUACAAUACACACCUGUGUGUGUGUGAGUGUGUGUGUGUGUGAUUUAAUUAAAGCUGUCAUGCCAGAGCGCCAGUUUGUUUUGUUAAGAAACGAACCAGGGCAAACUUUGCAAAAGCUUAGUAAAUGUGCCUGUGCUUUUGGUGGCGCACCUUGGCCUGCACGACCUCAGAAACCUGAACCUAGUGUGCGCCAGUAAACAGACCUGUCUUAAGGGACGUGGAGUAAAGAGACCGGUUUAUUCAGAAUGAGGCCAGGUUCACCUUAAGACAGUCACACAGUGUAAGUUACUGCUGGAAAGGCAUUCUGUCUUUUUAACUUGGUGCUGAUGUACUGAAGGACUUCCAGUGUGUCAGGCCUCAGCAGGUUAAUAGUGUAUUUAUCAGGUUUGUAUU